GUUCCGUCGUUAUCAGCUUCUACAGAAGUUCCAGCGGUCUGCUUUUGACACAGGAAGUCUGCCGGUGAAGAUUGCGAUAUUAACGGAGAGGAUAUUGAACAUGAGGGCGACUAAUAUUGUACAAGAAAGAAAUACUAGAGCUAAGCAGGCGAUCAAAAUGGCCCUAUGCCGAAGGAAUAGGGUCAUGAAGGCUCUCUUCACGAAGGACUUCGAGCUGUACAAGUGGGUGGUCAAACAGCUGGGGCUGAGGCUCAUCAGGUUUAACUAUAUGGCUCUGAAGGAUCCAUCUAAGACGGUGAACGCUGUGGCUGUUGAUGGUGAUAAAGUGAGGUGGAUGCUACAGCAGAGGCUUUGGCGGCAUCGCUAUAGGCCUCGCAAUGUGAAACAUCCCCAGACGGGGAAGUUGGUGAGGUACACUCGUCAUCUCGUGAAGCCGCCACCGGCCAACUUUGGGAAGCCCGUGCCGGUAAGGCAGCAGAUCAGCAAGCGUUGGCCCUAUGGGGUAACUCCGGAGAGGGUCAGUGGAACUUAUACGGUGUACAACCCUACAGCGCCGGGCAGAGGCUUCGGUCAGCCAUCUACUUCUGGGAGAUGGACCGGUCGAGAGCGUCGGUGAUGAGGGGCAUCACGAACUGCAUGAGAAAGUCGUUUCUGAGCC